GGCAAAUAUUUGCAAAGUUUUCCAACCCAAAGUAGUCGGAGCGUUGCUGACAACGAGUGAAAAUGUCCAGAAAUCACAGGCUGCUGGUGAAAAAUGCCAAGCAGGUGGUUUUAAUCUGCAACAACGGGGAGAAGUACCUGACCAAGAAUGGGAUGACCGACCUGAGCAUGAUUGAAAACGGCAGCGUCGUCAUCGGAAGUGACGGUCGGAUUAAAGCUGUGGGUCCUGCAGAGAUCAUCAGAGCUCGGUUCUCGGAGGCCUCCUUCGAUGCUGUGAUCGACGCUGCGGGGAUGUGCGUUCUUCCUGGACUUGUUGACGCUCACACUCAUCCGGUCUGGGCUGGAGACAGAGUCCAUGAAUUUGCCAUGAAGCUGGCCGGGGCCACCUACAUGGAGCUGCACCGCGCCGGAGGAGGAAUCCACCACACGGUGGAGCACACCCGAACCGCCGCCGCCGCCGACCUGCUGGCCUCCCUGAGGAGCAGGCUGCAGCGGAUGCAGCGAGCCGGCACCACCCUGGUGGAGUGCAAGAGCGGAUACGGCCUGGAGCUCCACACCGAGCUGAAGAUGCUGGAGGUGAUCGAUGAGGCCAGGCGCUCGCUCCCCAUCAGCAUCUCCUCCACCUACUGUGGAGCCCACGCUGUGCCCAGGGGGAGGACGGCGGCGGAAGCCACGGAGGACAUCCUGCGGGUGCAGCUGCCUCGGCUGAAGGAGCUGAUGUCCGCCGGGACGCUCCAGGUCCACAACAUCGACGUGUUCUGCGAGCGCGGCGUGUUUGACCUCCAGUCGACCCGCACCAUCCUGCAGGCUGGGAAGGAGCUGGGACUCAACAUCAACUUCCACGGAGACGAGCUGCACCCCAUGAACUCUGCAGAGAUGGGAGCAGAGCUCGGAGCCUUGGCCAUCAGCCAUCUUGAGGAGGUCACGGAUGAAGGGAUCGCUGCCAUGGCGAAGGCAAAAACGGCCGCCGUCCUCCUUCCGACCACAGCUUACAUCCUGCGGCUGCCUCAGCCCCGGGCCAGAGACAUGCUGGACGCCGGUGUGAUCAUCGCCCUCGGCAGCGACUUCAACCCCAACGCCUACUGCUGCUCCAUGCCGGUGGUCAUGCAUCUAGCCUGCGUCAACAUGAGGAUGUCCAUGACCGAGGCGCUGGCCGCCGCCACCGUCAACGCCGCCUUCGCUCUGGGCCGCUCUGACACACACGGUUCCCUGGAGGUGGGCAAACACGGAGACCUGCUGAUCCUGAACGCACCACGGUGGGAGCACCUGAUUUACCAGCUGGGUGGACACCAGGAGGUCAUCCGAUACGUCGUCAUCAGAGGGAACGUCGUGUACGACAACGACAAAACGCUGGAUCUCUAACGCUUAAGGUGAAUCAGGACCAAUCUCCACCCAACCUGCAAGGAACGGCAGCAGCUUGUUCUGUUUCUGAGCAACGUUGUAACUAAUAAUUAUCCAGCUCUUCGUGAGGAAGCAUGCAUUUAGGAGGGAUUUACGAGGCCACCCUGGAAACACGGCUAAAACAUUUAGGAUCCAAAGAGCCAUUUUUACCCUCAGUGGCUAAAUAAAACUUUAACGCUUUUAAACAUC